AUGGAUGUGGUCAAUGAAAUUAAUGAGACCAAUGAAAUGAUUGUGGAAUGGAAUCAAGUAGAAAUCAGCAAUAAACCUAACAAUGAUUCAAUUAAACUUUUUAAUGAAAUUAUGAUGUUGGGUGAAUUAUCAAUGGAUGAUUAA